UCUAACUUGAAUUCGACGUCGUUUUAGGUUGAAGAAGGAACGAUGUCGUUCUGAAAUCUUUAUUAUCAUCAUCACCACCGUUGCUUCUUAACCUGAAGGGUUUAACGGGUAGUUUUCUGGGUUGGGGUUUUGUUUGCUGAUUAGAAUCAAACUUUUUUGUUUACACAAACUUCGAAUCGAUAACAUAAGGAUCAGGUGGGAUAAAAAGUUAGGAAAUUUUGAGGGGGUGAUGAACUUGAAUCUGGCAAAUCCUCUCUGGGUUCCUGUAAAAGCUUUGUUAUGUAGAACCAGCAGGAGUAGGGGAAUCUUCACUGCCACUGCUAUAAACAGUUUAGUCGACAAGAAGGAGAAACAAAAUGAGAACGAGCUUUUGGUUGUUGUUGGUGGUGGAGCAGCUGGAGUCUAUGGAGCAAUUAGGGCUAAAUCUCUCUCACCUGAUCUGAGAGUUUUGGUUAUUGAAAAAGGGAGAUUUCUUUCUAAGGUGAAGAUUUCUGGUGGUGGUCGAUGCAAUGUGACUAAUGGACAUUGCACUGAUACGAUUAGAUUGGCAGAGAAUUAUCCUCGUGGAAAUAAAGAGCUUAAAGGUUCUUUCUUCUUCACACAUGGUCCUGGUGAUACUAUGUCAUGGUUUUCUGAGCAUGGAGUGCCACUGAAGGUUGAAGACGAUGGAAGGGUAUUCCCCGUGAGCGAUAAUUCAACUUCUGUAAUUGAUUGUCUCUUGAAUGAAGCAAAUAUUAGAGGAGUUAGGCUUGAGAGAGGAAAGUCCGUGUUAAGUGCUUCUACUAAACCCGAUGGAAAGUUCGUUGUUAAAGUUGGGAAGCGAAGUGAUGACACUUCUGAAUCUAUCGAAGCUUCAUAUCUUCUGAUUGCAACCGGAAGUAGCCAACAGGGUCACGUUUUAGCCACUCAAUUUGGUCAUUCCAUUGUCGAUCCAGUACCAAGUUUAUUCACUUUUAAGAUCAAUGAUCCGUCGCUGGCUGCGUUAGCAGGGAUUAGUUUCUCCAAAGUCCAAGCCAAACUGAAACUAGAAAAUCCACAGCGGGAUUUGUCAAAACUUGUGCAGUCUGGUCCAAUGCUUGUGACACAUUGGGGACUAAGUGGACCAGUUAUCCUCCGUCUCUCUGCAUGGGGUGCACGACAUCUCUUCAGUUCUGAGUACAAAGGGAUUCUUAUUGUUGACUUCAUACCGGAUUUUAACAUCGAAGCUGCGAAAUCUUUACUUAAACAACACAAGCUGCAGUUUUCAAAGCAUAAGGUAUCCAAUACUUUUCCUCAGCAGUUCGGUCUUGUCAAUAGAUUCUGGAAUUACAUUCUAUCCCGUGAGGGUUCUUCAGGAGACACCUUGUGGGCUUCACUGUCAAAUAACUCAUUGAGCUCUAUUUCCGGUCUUCUUAAGCAUUGUACAUUUCAAGUCACUGGAAAGGGUCAAUACAAAGAUGAGUUUGUAACAGCAGGAGGAGUUCCUUUAUCUGAGAUUUCUUUGAAGACAAUGGAGAGCAAAUUGAUUCCGAAACUUUUCUUUGCAGGAGAGGUACUAAAUGUAGAUGGAGUUACAGGAGGCUUCAAUUUCCAGGUGAACAUAUCUAUUAAGUAGAAAUGAAAAUCAUGAGUUUUAAGUGCCUAAGACGCAAUCAAAAUGUUAAAACGGCGUAUUAAUUCAGGCAAGUAUUUUUGUAUCUAGAAUGCUUGGUCAGGUGGAUAUAUUGCAGGCACACACAUCGGCAAAUUAGCAAGUAACAGAAAUUCUACAGAAAUAAAAGUAGUAGGAUAAUUAUAGUUUCCUUAUAAGACUGUAGUAAUGUAAUAUUUCAUUUUACUAUCUAUUUAGGAAUACAAUUUUGUUUUCUCAAAGUUAUUUGUCUAGUGAACAUAUCCACCUUAAUUUUUGUUUCAUUUACCAAUACCAUUGUUGUGUUCUUGCCUUGGAAAUAAUAUGCAGACUUUGUAACUU